CUGAUAUAAAUAUUUUACCCAGCUCAACUUGAAUCUUGAUAUUCAAAAGUUAAAUACACGCCGACUAGUGUGGAUCACUGUCAGUGAAAUGGAGUAGCGAGUUUGAUACAUUGUGCUUUUUUUUAAAUAUAAUGUCUAGUUUGUUUUUUUAAUUCAAUUAUAGCAUUAAGGAUAACAUUUUUUUUGUUUUUAUAAUAAUUUAAAGAUGUAUUGUGAUUGGCCAGUAUUAAAAAGAUGCUGUUUCUGUUUACCUCUCAGGAAAGGGGUUCUUUUUCUUGGGUAUUUUAUUGUUUUUUCAAACGUGUUGGCAAUACUUUUCAAUAUUUUAGAUAUAUCUUUGGAACAGGAAAUCUAUGAUUUCAGCGGUCUUGAUAUGGAAACAGAAUUUAUAAUAUCCAUAGUGCUGAAUUGUAUAGAGAUAUUAGUUACUCUUGUACUAAUUGUCGGAGCCCACAAGAAUAAAAUAAAAUUAAUCAAAAUUUACUUCUAUUUUAUAUUGGGAAUGGCCGUCCUGAUGUGUGUGCAGCAAAUCGUUCAGAUGUCAUUAAUGAGACAUUUUAUAAUUAUUAUACAUUCAGUUUUUCUCUUCAUAUGUUAUAUGAUGCUUCAUACGUAUUUAAUAUUUUUAAUAAGGAGCUUAUUAAAGAAAAUGGAAAUAUCUGAUCAGAAUAUGUAUGACAAUCAAUUACACCAAAUCGUAUCCGGAGAAAUACAGAAGGAUAACCCACCCUAUUCCACUACUGUAGUCCCUAUUGAUAAUUAAUGAAUACUGAUUGGCCACCCCCGCAUUGCAGGAGCUAAUGAAGAAAAUGAGAGCAAAUCUUCUAAUUAUAUAUAGAUAAUUCUUUCAAUAUUUUGUAUAAAUUGUUUAGGCGAUUUUGUACCGAAAUUUUCCACUUUUUGGUUGGACUAGCGACACAAAUAGUGUAAAUUCCUAUAUAUUAUAAUAAUAUGUAUAUUUAUAUAUUAGUUUUAAUCUAAAUUUAAUUACGUAAAUGUAUGUAAUGUAAAUGUAAGUAAUUUUAAUAGGUUUAAAAAUAAAUAACACGUGUUUUGUUAUAGUGUGCAUAGUGCAUUGUUUUCUAUAGAAAUACCAUACUACGAACUCUGUUUUGUAGUAAUCUUUAUAAUUAUUAUUCAAAACAGUAAUCUUUUGAGAUACGAGUAGAACAACAAAAGCGACGACAAGAGCAGCGCACAAACGAAUAUAUUACACUCCUGUCCUGUGUGGUAGACGUUGUAGUAAAAGCAAACUUUUCUGAGAGAUACGACUUGCGUUCAUAAUCAUGAAUUACAGCACAAUUUGUUGACCGCCCUUGGUCAACAAAUUAUGACAUUAUGUGACAUGAUGUCAGAAGGAAAAUUUUUGAGUCGCUACACUUCUCUAUUUCUAUCAUCAUCAUCAUCGUCAUUUCAGCCCGGAAGACGACCACUGUUAAACAAAGGCCCCCAAAGGUCUCUAUAUCUAUAAAAUCUAAAUAUUAAAAAACAGUCGAGGGAGUAGUCGAUAAACAUGCAUAUGUAUACAUAUCUAUCUAUCUUUUAUAUAUGUCUACUUAAAUAGCCUCAUAGGACUAUCCUACUAUUUUAGAUGAUAAAAAUAUUAUUCAUAAAAGUACAAUACCAAAUGCUAAAGAUGGUAUUGAUGU